CCGGCCGUGCUCCGGGGGUGGGCCGCGUCCCAGCGCCGGAGGGGGCGGCCGGCGGCGGCCGCGCUUUAGGUACCCAUACGUCGUGUCUGAUCCUAACGUAAGGAACGGUGAUACACUGCGUUACCAGAAGCUGGGCACGUCACUUAGGUGUAAGGCUCCCAGACAGUCUUGGCUCCGGUUUUGCGGUAAAGAUAUCGUUUAGGCUUAGAUCUGAUUUUCCAUGAGAUAAUACAUUAAAGGAUGGAACAAAUGGUAUUUGGUCUUUCCUACAUUGAACUGGGCAGACUGGAUUCAUCAAGCACAGAGGCUCAACACUGAGGCAUAGACCACAUUUUCUACUGGAACAAGGCACCUGCCAUGGAAAAAAUGUGUUCUCCUAGGCCCAAGAGCAACUGACAAUAGGAAGGACAAUGCACAGUGUAUAUCCUGAUGACAUUUUGUGUACUGUGACAUGGAUAUUACCAUGGCAUCUGAGACUGAAAAGGCUUAUGCUCUUCUCCAGACUUUCAGCACAGCUUCAGUUAUUUCUAGUCUAGGUUUGGGAAUGUUCUGCUUUAUAGCAGACAGACUUCUGCAGUUUUCCUUCAUUCAGCAAAAUGACUGGCUCCGAGCCUUCUCUGAUAAUGCAGUGCAUGGUAUACUAGGAGUGUGGUCCUGGGCAAUAGUGAUUGGACUCAGGAAGAAAAGUGACUUCACUGAGGUUGCUCUGGCUGGCUUCCUCGCCUCUGUCAUUGAUGUGGACCACUUCUUUCUUGCUGGAUCCCUGUCAUUGAAGGCUGCUCUGACUCUUCCACGGAGACCACUUCUUCAUUGUUCUACUGUGAUUCCUGUUGUGGCUCUGACAUUAAAGUUUAUUAUGCACCUUUUCAGGCUUAAGGAUUCAUGGUGCUUUCUCCCCUGGAUGUUGUUCAUAUCCUGGACUUCUCAUCAUGUCCGUGACGGGAUUCGUCAUGGGCUCUGGAUCUGCCCAUUUGGAAAAACUCCUCCUUUGCCAUAUUGGCUGUAUGUGGCAAUUACAGCAUCUUUACCUCAUCUAUGUUCAUUUAUUAUGUAUUUAACAGGCACUAGAGAAUUAAUGUCUAUAAAACAUGGAAUCCACAUUGAUGUAUAAGAAUGAUGGCUUUUAAAGGUUGUUCACAUUAGCACUUGAAAUAAGCUGUCUGUUUAUCACUGAAGUGUUUUCCUUAUGUUUCCUAUGGCUUCAGAGCUAGACAUUUUAAGCCUGGGGAGCCAGUUACAGCUCCUGUGCCAGUUCCUUGUGAUCAUAAUUUUAUAUCUAUACCUUCCCCCUGUAGAUGUGUGCUCUUCCAUUAUACUUCAUGCAUAGCUAGAUGAUUUAUAAAGUACUUAGUCUCUCUCUGUAGGAAUUACAUUAUGCUUUACUGUCAUGGUGCCAUUCAUCUGAUCACCACUUUGUAUUUCUAUUCUGCCUUUACAUAAUACAUUUCAUCUAGAUAGCAUUCAUAUAACACUUUGAAAAUGUGAAGUGCUCUAUGAAUGCUAAUUUUUAGUGAGAAUUUAGUAAGGUAUAACACUUCUAAAAAACAUCAGUUAGCCUUUUGAAUUUAUUUAUUUGUUUUCCUUCUGGACUCUUUUAUUCAACUGUUUUACAAGAAACACUGUUUGUAUUUCACUAUGUGCAACUGUAUAUCUGCACCUCUUUGAACACUGAUGUCAUAUACUGUUUCAGCUAAAUUCUAUUCCUCUGUAGUUGCUUGGUACUCAAUUUGCAGAUAAUUAGUAGCUAUAUUUGUGAUUAGAAAGGAGAAAAACAGAUUGGUUACAGUGUUAUGUGUGUGCUGGCCAAAUUGUUUAAUUUUAAAAAUACACUAAUUAUGAAUAUUAUUUAAUUUAGAAUUAAGGAAUUUUAGUAAAUAUUUAAGGAUUGUGUAAAAGAAAACUUAUUUAUUACAGUAAAACAAGCUUUAUGGAAGAUUUAGGAAGAUCUAAAAAAGUCAAUAUUGCUCAAAAUGUGACCUUACUACUAUAUUUGUGAGCAGCAUUUUCCAUUAAGUUGCCAUAUCAUUGUUAUUAUUGCAAAAUAAAAUGCAUUAUUAUUAUACAGAAAUAGAAAUUUCCUCAUAAAUAAGUUCCUUAAGGAAAAAUAUUAUGCUGCAGAUUCAUAAUGUAGUAAUCUAUACUGUGGACUAUUCAGAGUAACAGUUUUCAUUUACAGAAAUUUCUCAGAAAAAGUCCCAAAGUAAAAAUUAACUCUUGUCUAGUUUACAGUGUAUAAGCUGAGAAAUGUGUAUUAAUAAUUGUCUUAAUUUUUUUAUUAAUUGAACUCCAUUGCUCAUUAAGGAGAUUGAGCCUUAAUUACUACACUUUUUGAUGAAUAGCUGUUAAAAAGGAUUAUUUUUAUGGAAGAACAUAUAUAGAGUAGCUGUGCAAAACUUAAGUUAUAAAAAAGUGCAAAGAUUAGGCGAUGUGUUCAUACUACAUUUAUGUUAGUUAAUGUGUAUUAGUAUAAAGUUUAAAAAAAAUACAGAAAAUAUUAACUGGGAUGGCUGGCUUAAUGGGUACCAGCAUCCUUCUGUGUUGGAAAGGUACUGAAGGCUCUCUGCAGCACACUCAGCUGAUUAUGGAAGCUGUUUCACCCUUCUGAAAUGUAGUUUCCUACAAAAAGAAUAGUCUCUGCCCUCUUUGUUCUUCUUGUUAGAAAUAUAUGCUUAUGGAAACCUGACAGUACAGUGAGCUGUUUAGCAUUUAUUAUAAAAUGAAUAAAAGUAUUUUUUCUUGGAAAGAAGACUGGAAAAGCAGAAUGUUCCUUAAAGGAUUAUCUUCAUACUGUGGAUUUUUCUGUCUUUUCUAGAAUGUACAAGUUGCCCAGAAACAACAUCAGAAAUGUCUUGCUUUGGAGCCCUCAGAGUAGGAACAGUCUUUUAUCGAAACAUCUGAUCGUUUAGUAGAGGGAGGGGUAUUGCUCAUUCAUUUACUUCUAACCUGUAUUUUAAACUGCAAGCUAUGAAAUGCCAAUAAUAAAUAUAUUUUGUGCAAGAAAUGAACACUUAAAUCAUGUAGAAAAUUUUCUGCAUUCUUGUUUCAUGGUAUAAUAUUUGUAUAAUUUUGUGCUUUAUCCAGAUUUGUUGAAAAGGGAAAUGUAUGUAAGAAUAAAGUGGAAAAUUACACUUUCUUAUUUUUAGAUUGUAGCUGUAGCAUUUUUGGUAACUAUGUCCACCAACAGUCCUUAAGAUUCCUACUGUACUGUUCUAGAUUUAUUUAAGGAUCAGUUAAUGGGUAGAUCUUCAGUAGUUUAAAAACACAUAUUUUUCAUUCUCUGUAUUUCUAUCAAUUUCUAGGUGAACACCAGUUAGAAAUUUAUUAAGGAACAUAGUAAGCACUUGUGGCACAUAACUUCUUUUUCUCUCCCUGCAAAGAGGCAUGGCAGUCUUAUGCCUAUUCCUGACGUUUAGGCACCUUUAGCUCAGGCCAUUGCGAUUUUUCAAGGUAAACAGACACAUUGCAUGUAAUGCUGUAAUUUGUGGGUAGCCAGAUUAGAGAACAAAGGAGAAGUAAAACAGUUGUUUCAGCCUGUGUCACCUUGGAGACACACCUGCCUAUUACAAAUGAAUUGCCUAACAAUUCCUUACCAGUAUUCCAUGUACACUUUGAAUGAAUUGGUAUUUCCAACUAUGCAUUGAUACCUGCCAUGUGUAGCAAAACUAUGGCAAAAAUAAACUAAGAUACUAAAAACAUAA